AUGGAGGUGGAAGCAGUGAAAGGAGUUAGAAAAAGAGGGAAAUCUCCAAUCAAAGUUAUUGAAACCUCCUCUACUUUUAUGGUAGUAGGGGACGAGUAUGAAGAGGUUAACGGAGCUGAUGUGAGGAAUAAUAUGAUUGUUGAUAAACCAACAGAAGAUGUGAACAAGAUUCAAGAGGAGGACCAAAUCAGCCAGAUGAUAGUUGAUGGGCAGUUAAACCUGGAGAAAGAUUCUUCAGCUGGAGUCCAAGGAGCUACUAAAGGAAGCCAAGGUGAGGUCCCUUCAAUCCAAAACAAAUCAUUUUCUUUGAAUAUGUCCUACUCUUCUCAAAAGGGACAUAAGAGGAUUGAUUUUUCUAAAAUGUCUGCACCAAAACCUCCUGAUGCCCGUUUAGCUAGUGGAAAGGUAUUAGAUGGUCAUCAAAAGGUGAGUGCCUUGAAUCGAGUUAGAAUGGAUAAUAAUCCAGAGAUUAAGAAGAAACAUGGAGGGGCAAUUAAGUCUAAAUUAGGACACACCCUUAAACAAUUGGUAGAUAAAAAUGAUCUGUGUAUUGUUGUUCUCAUGGAAACUAGAACAAGGAGAGAAAUCAAUAGCAAAUUGAUGAGUCGAAUAGGAUUUGAUAAGGCUACUGUGGAAGAAGCAAUUGGUUUUUCUGGAGGAAUUUGGGUGUUAUGGGAUUCUAAGAAAGUUAGAGUUCAACUCAUAGGGCAAUCUAGGCAAUUUAUUCAUAUGAAGGUGUCUAUUGGUGACUGCUACAGUUUCUUAUGCACUGUUGUUUAUGCCAAUCCUAAUGAGGAUAUAAGAAAUGCUAUGUGGGAGGAAGUUAUUCAAAUGAGCCGUUCCAUUAUUGAGCCUUGGAUCUUGGCAGGGGAUUUCAUUGAUAUUAGGUGUAGUAGUGAGAAAAAAGGAGGUUCUCCACCUGAUAUUGCUAAAUGUCGUAGAUUUCAAGACUUCUUGGGCAGCUGUAAUAUAGAGGAUGUUGGUGGUAUGGGGAAUAAAUUCACGUGGCAGGGCCCCAAAUGGAAUCAUUUAGACAGAGUUUUUAACAAGUUGGACAGAGUCUGUGCUAAUGUGAAUUGGAGAAUUUCCUUUGAAGAUGCUGAGGUUCAAGCUCUUCCUAGAUUCCUAUCUGAUCACAAUCCUAUUCUUCUUUCGUUGACAAAACGACAGCAUAAUUGGAUUGAUAGACCAUUCAGAUUUUUGGCAACCUGGAUGGAUCACCCAAACUUUGAGGAUCUGAUGAUGGAUAGAUGGAGAGAUAAUUCAGAUGUUAAUAGUAUGUUAUCUAGAUUCACCCCUCAUUUGAAGAAGUGGAACAGAGAAGUCUUCUUUAAAGAGCUUUUCUCGGAGGAAGACUCUGAUUGCAGAUGGUUAGAUUCGGAGAGCAUGUGGCCUAAAUUGUCUCAACAGAAUCUUCAAGCUUUGGGGGCCAUUUCUAAUGAUUAUGAGAUCAGACAGAAUAUUUUCUCGAUGGGUGCUUAUAAAGCCCCUGAUAUUGAUGGUUACCCAGCCAUUUUCUUUCAAAGACAGUGGAAUAGGCUCAAGCAUUUGAUGGAGAAAAUUAUUUCUCCUUUCCAGGUCAGCUUUGUACCGAAUAGAAAAAUUCAAGACAAUAUCACCAUUGUUCUAAAGCUUACUCAUUUCAUGAGCAAAAUGAGAGGUAAAAAGGCUUUUAUGGCUAUUAAAAUUGAUCUUGUUAAAGCCUAUGAUAGAGUGAGCUGGCAAUUUAUGCAGGAUUUCUGCCCAUCAAGGGGUCUUCGUCAAGGUGAUCCACUCUCUCCGUAUCUGUUUGUCUUGGCAAUAAAAAAACUUUCGCAUAUUAUCACUACUGCUGUCAAUGGAGGCUUAUGGAAACCAAUGUAUGCUGGUAAGGGUGGUCCAAUGAUUUUGCAUUUAGCUUUUGCAGAUGAUCUUAUGAUGUUUAUGGAGGCAAAAGAAGAUCAGAUCGCUACUCUGAUGAAAUACCUUAAGCUGUUUGAAGAUAUGUCAUGCCAGAGACUUAGUAUGGAUAAAACUUGUGUGUAUUUUUCGAAGAAUACUGUGGCGGAUGUGAUGGAUAAAGUGAUUGCAGAGAAAUUUUAUCUGGGGGAUAAGGAUAAUGUACGAAGACACCAUGCCAUUAGCUGGAAUGUCAUUACUUCUCCUAAGUUGUCUGGUGGUUAA